GAUGUGCUCUUCCGACACAGCAAAUUACACAACCAACAAACACCUGAUGAUCGUGGAGAUGCAGCGAACUCGUUGCUCGGGAUUGCUAGAGCUUCACCUUCAAAUGGGCCCAUGAUGCCGAUUCAGGAAGAAGGCAUGAAUCAACAUGCCUCAUUUAGCCGUCCGGACGGACAAAGUUUCGCUCAACAGCAAUCCUACAGUGAUGCAAGCAUGGCACACUCUCGUCACAUGUCUAUGCCCGAGAUACCUUUGAUGCAUCCCCAGUAUAACAUGAGCCCACAACAGCAUGGUCUACCUCAACUUACUCCAUCGCAUACUUAUGCUGGAACCGAGUUCACUCCAGUACAGGAUUUUCCACCAAGCGUAUCAACACCGGCGAUGGCGUCCCAUACGUACGACCCACAACUGGUAUCAAUGGACCAUGCUCACAUGGAUGGCUUGAUGUCUGGUCCAUUUGGUGUGGGAGGCCUACCUGUUAACUCUCCAGGACAGUCUCAAGACAUGCUACAAUUCUGGCUGGCACAAGCAGAUAAUGAUAUGGGAUAUGGUACUAUGACUUUACCGGAUAUAACCAGCACUCCCUACACAACUGAAAACAAAUACGAGUCAGCACAUCCACCCUUGCAUCGAGCUGCAACAUCGGAGACCAGCGACACUGCAUCGACAGGAAACAUACCAAACGAGCGAUUCGCACGAGUUGAAAGUUGUUGGCUAGCCAAAAACAAUGGUGCCCAUCAUCUUGUUCCAUCACUCUGGUCCGACAUUUCGCGCAGCCCCGGACCAAAUUUGUUCUCAGUUGGUGUGCCACAGACCCGAGAGAAGUCAGAAAGCCGCUGGGGAGUAGACGCGGCAUUGCGCUCUCGACUAGAGGCUGAAUUUGGUGCACAAGUGCUGCACUCUGUGGGUUCAGCAAAGCGACUUGGGAAUUUUCCUCCCGCAGAAGUACUGGAGAUAUGCCUGGACCAUUACUUUCGACGUUUCCAUCCGAUUGCUCCUUUUAUUCAUGUUCCGUCAUUUAACGCCGCCAAUACCCCACUUCCUUUACUCUACGCCAUGUGUAUGCUCGGACUCAGUGCAUUGGAAUCGAGCAAUGGCGGCAACUUCAUCUCAAAUGCAUUUACUAACCUGUUGCGAAAAGUACAUAAUGAUCUAGCACUCAAUGCGAUCGCUCCCUCAGCUCCAUGCGCGCGACUAGCCGUUUUCGCAACUGGUUUCUUGACUUUGUGUCUAGCUGCCCUCUCAGNNGGAUCGUUUAGCGCAGUCACAAACUCUCUAUGCAACCCUGAUAGCCCACAGAAACAGGGUUUGUUUUGUGUCGAUGACAUCGAUAUGGCAGAUAUGAUCACUAGCAUCGGCGAUGAAAGCACGCGAUGGCUAACAUGGGCUCGCAUCGAAAGCGCCANNAAAGGUGAACAAAAGUUCGCACAUCUUGUGUUUCUCUCCACUAAUCACAAGUUUGAUAGGCUCAUCGCAUCGUUGUUAACCACCGAUUGGUGGUUCUCUGCGAACUCUACUGUCAGCCCCGCGAUACGUCCAGAGACACUCCAGAUAUGCCUUCCCUGCGAUGACUUGCUGUUCCGUGCAGAUUCUGCGCAGAGGUGGACUCAGCUGCAACACAUGGGGAAACGGAUAUCCAUGCCGAUGAUCAAGCCUAGGACUUUCAAUCUCGAAGGAGCGUUGGACUCGGUCAUAUUACUUGACCCUCCUUUGGAUGCUCCUGGUCAGUUCACGCUACUUUCAGCCAUUAAGCUAUGCGUCUGCGAUGCUCAGCACCGGCAUUUCCUGCCUACGGACGAAUGGGACAGACACGACCAUCUUAUACCAUGGGAAACAUAUCAAGACGAUCUGAGGGCACGAUCCCUAGUGCAGACAACACUGGCACUUGCACCUGUGAUCACAGGCUCGACGAAGACUGCGGAUCUCAACUCUCUUCUCCUAUGGCACAACUUAUGCUUGACCCUCAACUCCAAUAUGCAGAUAUUUGAGCUUGCAGCAGGUCGAGCAGGCGCAGGACCAGCCGGCAAAGCCCUUGCAGACUUGGAAGAUUGGGCUCGCACGUCAUCCGCGCGACGUGCUUGUAUUCACGCUGCACAGUCUUUUAAACUGCUCAGCAACCGCAAAGUCUCGGAAAGCAUUACGCUUAACUCGAUGUCAGCUCUAUUUUGCUCUGCUCUUGUUCUUGGCUUGUAUCUUUUUACUGUACCGAGUACCGAAGCUGAUAGCGCACGUCUACCCUACGAGUUGAUGGAUGAUGUUGACUGGACUGUUGUCGGAAACGCAGGCAUGGUGGAAAGUUCUCCAGGAAACAGCCCAGACAUGAUGUUUGAGUCUUCUCAUGCUUCUAACGUCACUCGUGCCUUUAUCGAAGCUGGCGGCCCAGUUUCGAUCAAUGGCGUUGUUGCUACCAGCGGGUUUCAAACUGCGAGACGUACGUUGUUGGACUUCGCGCAUUUGAUGGAUGGGAUAGGAACGUGGAAACCACGGACGUUGUCACGGAUUUUGCAUAUCAUGUCUGAUGUGCUGGAAGAAUCUCUU